AUGUCGGCAUCUGCCUCAUAUCCAGCCGACAGUUUCAUAAAUGGUCCAGCUCAUGGGAAUCCGCCAUUAUAUUGGUCGACGAAUCUACGUCCACCGGUAAGGCUGUUUCUAGGUUCUCACUAUAUCAGCGGUUACAACUAUUUCAAAAGUGAUGCUGACAAUGACUGGGAUUUUGCCCCAAAUGUGGAUGCGUACAACUUUACAGUUCAUUUUCUUGGUAAGCCUAAUAGUCAGCAUGGACAAGUUCCAACAGCUUUUACAGAUGGAGACAUGGUCCAAAUGUACCAUUUUCAUGGACAUAAUUUGGGAUUCCUGUUUGAGACAUAUCUGGACUUGGUUUGCACUGUCAUGCACAAUGUUAGAAGAUCUGUGGUAGCUGAAGAAACGGUGACGCAAUUUGCUGAUCAGAAUUCCAUAAUCAAACUCCGUUUGUAUCGCAUGAUACGUGGGAUUCAUGUUGGACGAGCGAUUUUGAAGGAGAUCGUGUACGCAGUCGAUAACUUGGGCAACCCACUAAUGGAGCCGAUAGCUAUUUGGCUUGCUGAAGACAGCCUCCAACAGAAUGAGGAAUUCCUUAUCCCGAAUAUUCUCGAAGAGGAUACUUCAAAUACAACCCAAACACGCUUUUGCUCUCCAAAACACGCCCCAACUACGAACCCCUCACCCAAACAAACCCUUUUACACCUGGCCGCAUCAGAACAAACCUAA